UUAUAAAUAUUCACGUUUUAAAAAGCAAUAAAGUUUGCAAAUUGAGGAGGUGGUCUCUUACUAUUCAAUUUUAUUCUUGGUCAUCACGUUUAGUUGACCUUUUUCAUUUAAAACUAGUGACAAAAUAAAUAAAAAUAAAAAUAAAAAUGUAAGAAUUCCCAAACCAAAUUGAGACUCUGGCCAUUCGACAGCUAUAUAUAAUACCCCUUGUUUCCUCUUUUGGCCAGAACUAUAGAUAUAUCAUCAGAGCCAACUCUGAGAAUUAGGGUGUGGUUCUCGAUCAAUCGAAAUCACAGAUCUCUCGUUACGUUACAAUCCCAGUCUCGUUGAAUCUAUUCUCGUGUAAUUCGAUGGAGAGCAGCAAUGAUCUGGAGAAGAAGACCCAUGAAUCCGCGGAAGAUAUGAAUUCGGAAGAUCAGGUACGAACGUCAUCAUCAUCAGAUGAGAAUCUGAAUAAACAUAGGGAAGAAGAAGAAGAAGGGUUUAUGUCGGUGGAGAAGAUCUCUCGCCUUCCUGUUUCUAUAAAAUUCAAUAUACCCAAAAAAAUCUCUACAAGGAAGAGAAGAAAAUCUGAACAAGAAGAUGAUGAUGAUCCUAAAGGCGAGGAGAAGAAAGCGAAACUGAGUUUUGGGGACAAGGUUUUGAGUAGCUAUGAGAUUGAGAUCUUGAGGAAUGCCUCGAGACGAGGGUAUCUCAAGGAUCGAGAGAAGAAGAUGGUGGAGGCGUUAAGGGCUGAGAUCGAAGACGAGAUCAUGUUGUUUCAUGGUCUGAAGCUUACUGAGAGAGAAGUAAUUGACUUUAGGUUUAAGAGAGACUUGUAUGAGUUGUUGAAGAAAACAGAGUAUGAUGACGAUGUUGAAGGGUAUAGGAUUCCAGAUGCUUAUGAUCGUGAAGGGUGUAUUGAUCAGAAGAAGAGAUUUGCUGUAGCGGAGCAGCGUUAUAGUGAGAGGAAGAGCGGGAGAGGUGUUACGGAGCAAGAAGCUUGGGAGGAUCAUCAGGCUCAGAAGGCGAGAGUGAGCUUUGGUGCAAAGGAUAAGCAGAAAGUUGUUGAUGGGUAUGAGUUUGUGUUUGAUGAUUUAACAGGUUUGGUUGAGGAAUCUUGUGAGGCGGAAACUGCGAAACACCGAGGUUGUAGCUCGAAGACUGUUGCGGAGAAGGCUAGGGAAGAGAGGGAGUUUCUUCCGAUUCAUGGGUACCGUGAUGAACUGCUGAAACUCAUUGCAAAAAACCAGGUUCUUGUGAUUGUUGGUGAAACAGGAUCGGGCAAGACUACGCAGAUACCGCAGUAUCUUCAAGAAGCUGGUUACACAAAGCGUGGAAAGAUCGGUUGUACUCAGCCUAGGAGAGUUGCUGCUAUGAGCGUUGCUUCCCGAGUGGCUCAAGAGGUUGGUGUGAAACUAGGACAUGAGGUUGGGUAUUCCAUUAGAUUCGAAGACUGUACUUCAGAUAAAACAGUUAUCAAGUACAUGACUGAUGGGAUGCUGUUGCGAGAGCUGCUCACAGAACCGAAACUUGAUAGCUAUAGUGUCAUCAUAAUUGAUGAGGCGCACGAAAGAACGCUUUCCACUGAUAUUUUGUUUGCGUUAGUCAAGGAUGUAGCAAAGGUUAGGCCUGACCUGAGGUUAAUCAUCUCAAGUGCAACGCUUGAAGCUAAAAAGUUCUCUGAAUACUUUGAUUCGGCUCGGAUUUACCUAAUCCCAGGAAGAAGAUAUCCAGUUGAGAAGCUAUACAGAAGAUGGCCUGACGCUGACUACUUGGAGACAGUAAUACGUACUGUGUUUCAGAUCCAUCAGACUGAGCCGACUGGAGACGUUUUGGUUUUCCUCACCGGUCAAGAAGAGAUUGAAAGAGCAGAAACAAAUUUGAAGGGAAGGAUGAUGGAUUUGGGUACAAAGAGCUCUGAGAUCAUUAUCUGUCCUAUCUACUCAAAUCUCCCGACCGAACUGCAGGCAAAAGUGUUUGAACCAGCUCCUAAAGGGUCUCGGAAAGUUGUCCUGGCAACGAAUAUUGCUGAAACAUCGUUAACCAUUGAAGGGAUUAGGUACGUGAUUGAUCCGGGAUAUUGUAAGAUCAACUCAUACAACCCGAGAACUGGAAUGGAGUCACUUCUUGUAAGUCCUAUUUCCAAGGCCUCUGCAGAGCAACGAGCUGGUCGGUCCGGAAGAACUGGUCCUGGGAAAUGUUUCCGGCUGUACGACGUCAAGAAUUUGGAGCCCACCACAAUACCAGAAAUCCAAAGGGCUAACCUUGCAAGUGUUGUGCUUACUUUGAAGAGUCUUGGUAUUCAUGAUGUGUUAAAUUUUGAUUUCAUGGAUCCUCCACCAGAGACCGCUCUUUUGAAGGCUUUCGAGUUGCUCUAUGCUCUGGGUGCUUUGGAUGGAAAGGGUGAGAUUACUAAGGUAGGAGAAAGAAUGGUUGAGUUUCCAGUUGAUCCGAUGCUAUCAAAGAUGAUUGUUGGUUCGGAAAAGUACAAGUGCUCGAAAGAGAUAAUCACGAUAGCCGCCAUGUUGUCUGUAGGGAACUCAGUCUUUUAUCGACCAAAGAACCAGCAACUUCUCGCCGACAAUGCUCGGAUGAACUUCUAUGUAGAUACAGAGAAUGUUGGCGACCACAUUGCUUUGUUAAGGGUUUACAAUUCCUGGAAGGAAACAAACUACUCGACUCAAUGGUGCUACGAGAACUUCAUUCAGAGCAAGAGUAUGAAAAGAGCUAGAGAUAUACGUGACCAGCUACUUGGACUUCUAAACAAGAUUGGAAUAGAACUUACUUCCAACCCGAAUGAUUUUGAUGCAAUAAAGAAAGCCAUCUUGGCCGGAUUCUUCCCACAUUCUGCAAAGUUACAAAAGAAUGGAUCGUACAGAAGAGUGAAAGAACCUCAGACAGUUUAUGUACAUCCUAACUCAGGCUUAUUUGGGGCAUCACCUAGUAAGUGGUUGGUGUAUCAUGAACUAGUACUUACUACCAAGGAAUAUAUGAGGCAUGCAACCGAGAUGAAACCCGAGUGGCUAAUUGAAAUAGCUCCUCAUUACUACAAGCUUAAAGACAUUGAAGACAGUCGGCCAAAGAAAUCACAGAGAAGCAGCGAAAGAGCCUCGACGUCGAAGGUUGAUACUAACAAGAAAACCCGGACAUCGAAGAAGGUUGAUACUAACAAGAAAACCCAGACAUCGAAGAAGGUUGAUGCUAACAAGAAAACAAAGAGGUAACAAAACUUAAGUCAUUUCUCUUUACUAUUUCUGAAGGAAGUUAAAACAAUUGUGAUACUAGAGUACUGUUUCAUCCAUUAUCUGUGAAAGAUACUUAUAUGUUUAGUCAACAUCAGUUUUUCUAUCAUUACUAAUUACUGUUCCUUUCCUUCUUAUAAACGCAUGAUUCUGAGUUAUUUCGAGUAUUUACUGGCGACUAUAGACAACUGAUAAGAAAGGGGAAAAUCAAGAAUUCAAUAGUGACAGAGAAACUCACCGGGAUUUUCACGGGGAAGAUGUCAGGAUUUUCACGGGUGCCGUGGGGAAACACCUGGACAUUCUUCUGUUUCAAGAGAUGUGUUGGUAACCUCAACAGCAGUGACUCGAUGGAGAAGAUUCCGGAUGCUAUCCACCCAUGUCUGCUUAUCAGCCUUGCUCUUGCACUUGAACUUUGUUAGACCUUUCCCAGUACUGAUUCCGAAAUAGAGCUCUUCUUCUUCU